GAGAGAGAGAGAUAGAAAUAGUGAACGUAUGACAUUUACCAUAAUGAUUAUGAUAUGUGUUAUAAAGUGAAUUUGAUAAUUAAACUGUCAUGUGUACGUGUGUAUUAGGAAUUAUAAGUAAAAUAAUCUUACAAAUUUGAGAUAGGCAUUAUUAUUAUAAUAAAGAAAAUCUGAAAAUAGGAAUACGUAAAACAUUUGAGGAUGCGAUGCCAGCACGUAGACGACACGUUGGUUACGAGUCAGAAAAUGAUUUAGUGAUUGCAACCUCUAACAGUGAAUGGCGAGGUAACGAAAAGAAACAACAAUAUUACGAUGAAACUCGUAAUGUCGGUGGUUUAGAAGAGAAUCAUUUAAGACAACGUGAUAUACCACCACAAAUAACAAUGACAGCUCGCGAUAGAACUAACGAAUUUAUUAAUACUAUAAGAACGAUGCAGGAUAGAACGGUCGUUAGAACGACUAACCUGCAAAAUCCAAGAAGGGCGAGACAAAUGCAAAAUUAUUCCAAUUUUAUGAUGGUUGUUAAAAGUAUUGGGAAAAACAUUGCAAACACUUAUACCAAAUUGGAGAAACUUGCUCUAUUGGCCAAAAAGAAAUCAAUCUUUAACGACAGACAAAUGGAAAUUGAAGAAUUAACUAACAUAAUAAAGACAGAUUUAAAAAGUUUGAAUCAUCAAAUAGGAAAGUUACAAGAUAUGGGAAAAAUGCAAAGAGAAAGUUUCUCUUCGUCUCAAGGAAAUCAUAUUGCUUCACAUUCUUCGUCCAUAGUGAUGGCCCUACAAUCAAAACUUGCAAAUAUGUCUAAUCAUUUCAAAAGUGUCUUGGAAGUUCGUUCCGAAAAUAUGAGAGAAGAACAAACCAGAAGACAACAAUUUUCACAAGGAUCUGUAUCAACUAUGUUACCUCCUAGCGUAGUUUCUGGAAAACAAGGUUCCUUAUUACUUCAAGAACAAGAAUCCAAUUCGGUUGCUAUAGAUCUUGAACCGGCAAUGGGUCAAUUGUCUAUGCAACGAAUUCUACAAGAUGAUACGGACUCAUACGUUCAGUCACGCGCAGAAACUAUGCAAAAUAUUGAAUCGACUAUAGUUGAAUUAGGUGGUAUUUUUCAACAAUUGGCUCAUAUGGUUAAAGAACAGGAAGAAAUGGUAGAAAGAAUAGAUAGCAAUAUAGAAGAUACCGAAUUAAAUGUGGAAGCUGCGCAUAGUGAAAUAUUAAAAUAUUUUCAAUCCGUGACAAAUAAUAGAUGGUUGAUGAUUAAGAUAUUUGCUGUACUCAUAUUUUUCUUCAUCUUUUUCGUAGUAUUUUUGGCAUAAAGAUGAUACUUUCUAGUUCAACUGUAUCUAUUCUCAUUUAUCAAUUCUCUAUUUUUUAAUAUUGGUAUUCGGUACUUGUGAUACAUACACACACACACACAGCAAAUAUAAUUCAAACAAAAAUCUUAUUUUUAUGAGAGAGACACGUGUAACAUAGAACUAUAAUAACAUUUCAAUUGCAUUCCUUGAUACUUUUACUAAAUUAUUAGGUUAUACGAGGAUUAAAUAUUAAUUG